CUUCCCGAACGAGCAAUUUCCUCUUUUGUACUGACAAGGAAAGUUAUGAGAAUGCUUAUUAACUGAUUACGAAACAACGAUUUUUUGGGGGCAUUUUGCUGUCUUUAACAAACCUAUAUAAGAGACAAUGAUAAAGAAACCAUGACAUCCUAUAAACGUAGGUCAAGAUCUAGUCAGAAGAAUGUCAGUCAGUUUGGCUAGACAAUCGAUAAUAGGUUUCUAUAGAUCAGGCGUUCAAAUGAUUCCUAACCGACAAUCGUGAUUUUUAAUUGGUGUUAUAUUGUCUAGUGCCGUGGUGCCUUUCUCCUGGUAGAAGUUCAGAUUAGAUAAAAAAAAUAACUUCUGAAAUACAUGUUAAAUUAUCCAUUGAAGAAAGAGAACUGAAAUUAUAUUUUGAUUUAUGUUGAUGACAUCUUGUCAUUAGCAUACAGGCUGAUGUUUUUUUGUAAUUUGUAAACCGACUUUAAAUCAUGUUUUUAUCUUAUAUCUAGACACUUAUCUUUCAUGUAACAAGUUUGUGACUACGCGGUCAUUUAAUUAUCUCAAAUGCAACGUCAAGUGAAUUGGAUAAAAAAAAAGACCACACUAGUGCACAUUGGUUAUUAACACAAUGAUCAAAAUUUUGUUCUUUACCAUUGGUGCAUGUAUAUACAUUGCUCACGCUAUAUCUAAUCCUUCCCAACUAUGUCACGAGUUGCUAGCCAUUGACUGUAGGACAACAUACAUACAAGGAGAAAGGGAUGAAACAAUUUGUGGAACUAACGAUAUGACGUACUCAAACUUUUGUUACUACACACAGGCAAGUUGCAGGGAUGAUACAAUUACGAUAAAGGCGGUUGGAUCUUGCAUCUUCGCCAAUACACCUUCGACAACUGCAGUCACAAGCACGACGGUAGACCCAUUUCUUCAGGUUUUUUGCGCACAGAAAGAUAUCAUCACAUGUCGCCUGGAUGAUACUUCUUCACCAAUAUGCGGUUCGAACGGACGACUUUAUCGCAACAAAUGCUUUUUCAACAUGGCAAAAUGUGACAACCUAGUCCUGACGUCGAAAAGUUUACAGGUCUGCGUUAAUGCUGUUGUUGGCAAAUAGAAUUUGCAUGUACAUUCUGUUUUUGCAGUUUCCAUACAUGAGUUUAAAAAAAAUUAUCUUC